AUGGCAUGUUGUAUUCUACUCUUCGCGAUUUUUACCUCACAGAAAGGACAUAGUGCAAACAUUGCUGCAGUUUUGUUUAAAUUCGCUUUCAACUUUUUUACUCCGAUAGGUUCCUUAGGCCUUAACCGGUUGUAUGUCACAGAAAUCUCUCCCGCAGAACUCAGGAAUUACAUUAUUGCCAUUCUGAGUGGUAACAAUUGGAUAUGGAAUUUCUUUGUGACCAUGAUAACGCCAGUUGCCAUCACAUUAAUUAGAUGGAGAUAUUACAUAGUUUAUGCUGUUAUUGGGUUUGCGAUCCCCAUUCUCCUGCUCAUUUUUUUCCUUGAAACGCUGGGUUUAGAAUUAGAAGCGAUCGACUUGAUCUUAAGAAGGGCAUCUUCAGCAUGGAAUGUAGUGAAAACGGGAAAAGAAAUCAGGAAAUCAUUACUUUCUGAAGGAGAACAAUCAAAUAUCUUAGAGGAAUUUUCCAGUAAAGCUGAAGUGGAGCAUUUCCAUGAAGGCAAGUAUCUAAAUAUAGCGAAGAAGCGGUCGAUAAAUGGAUUUCAGAAUGUUAAUAGUUGUAAGUAA